AUGACCGGCUUAAGUAUUUGCUCGGCUGUAAUUGAUGGGGGGAAAUAUUUGGUAGCCUUUGGUGGAUACAAUGGGAAAUAUAAUAAUGAGGUUUUUGUUAUGAAACUCAAGCCAAGAGACUUAUCUCAUCCGAAGAUCUUCCAGUCCCCGGCAGCAGCUGCAGCAGCGGCUUCUGUUACUGCUGCAUAUGCAUUGGCGAAGUCUGAAAAAUUGGAAUUCCCACAAAUAAUAGAUCUGAACUUUAAUGCAGUUGAAAAGAGUGUUCCUCAAAAGGAUAUCAAUACGGAAAUUGAUGCAAUUAAAGAAGAGAAGGCAUUGGAGACAUCGAUUGAGGAAGUCAAGGCCGAAAACUCUAGGCUGAGGGAGAAGAUCGAUGAAUUAAAAAGCAAUCAUACUGAAUUAUCAAAGGAACUCCAAUAUAUCAGAGAGAUCAAGAUGCUUUAAACUUGAGGCUCAAAUUGCAGAACUACAUAAGAUGUUGGAAUCAUUUCAAACAGUAGAAAACGAAGUGCAAAUACUUAAGAGGCAAAAGUCUGCACUGGAGCAGGAGAUGGAGCUUUCAUCUGCCCAGCGGCAAGGUUCGGGUGGUGUUUGGCGGUGGAUAGCCGGAGGCACAUAGAAGUUGCAUAUCAUUCGAAACAAAGGAUCAUACUAGUGUUGCUCCUGUAUCUCUGGAGCAAUGACUAGGUAAGUUCCAAACCAACUGGUAUAAGUGGGUGCGGUCUAUUUGAAUAACA